UCCGGGUGUGUAAAACGUCACGAAUUCCUGUGUAGGUUUGCUUGUUGCUGUGGAGGUAAACAAACGCAUACCGGUGUACACACGUCUUUCUACUUUCGACAUACCAAUAUUUUGGGAUAUAGCAGCUAUAAACAGAUGCGAGGAUGGACUAAUGGAUGAGUGAAGAGUUUGAAGAAACAAACAGAAAGGUGUGAGAGAAAGACCCGCCAAAAUGACGCAUCGCAAUCAUACAAGAAGUCCGUAUGGGGAUGAUUCAAUCCUUGAUGAUGAUUACAGUGAUGAUUUUGAUGAUGAUGACAAUGACACUGGAACCAAACGUUACAAGACGAGAUCACCUCUAAAUAGAACAGCAUCAGGUCAUGAGGUUCGUCGUCCGAAAGAUUCCAGAAGUUCAGAUAGUAAACUUUAUAAUCGAUCAAAUCGUGGGCGUGGUCGAGGACGAGGACGCUUUAGUCAGCUUGGACGGAACAGUCAUGAUACCAGUCGUGUUGAUAACAUCACCAAACGUGUUCUUUCUGCGCGCAGACUCAAAAUUAAUGAAAUUCAAAACCAAAAUCAAGAACUCUUGUUACAGCUCAAAGACCUGAAGGAAGAAAAUAAAUUAUUAAAGAAAACACAACAUCGUGCUGAUAAAGCUUUGCAAAAGUUUGAAGACAGGGAAAGUGAACUGCCUCAGUUAAUUCAAAGACAAAAUAAUGAAGUUAGGAGUUUACGAGAUCAAAUUCGAAAAUGGCGGGAAAAAUAUGAGAAAACAGAUAGAUAUCUGAGAGACGCAGAAGACGAAUUAGAAAAAGCGAAAAUUAAACUGAAAAAAUUAAAAUCAUUAGCAGAUGAAAAAGAUCUGCCUGAAAGGGCAGAACUAAACAAAAAAUUAAAUAAUGCCGAAUUAGAUAUGGAGGCAAGAGAUGUAAAAGUUAAGGAACUAAAGCGACACAUUCAGAACCUGGAAAAGAAUCACCGACAUCAACUUGGUAUUGAGCGAGCAAGACAGAAGGAAACUCAGCAACAGUUGGCACAUCUCAGGGAAGAAAACGACAAGCUUUCUGUCGCUGUCAAGGAAAAAGAUAAAGAAAUUCAGAUAAAGAACAUUUAUGCAAACAGAGCAGCUGCUAAACCGCCUCAUCGUCUUCCAAACUCAUAUAGCGGCACACCUAAUGACACGCCACCUCCCCGUAGAAGACGGCCGUCAUUGUCCGAGGCGGACAAAAUGACACCAAGGGAUAGGGCAAAACAAAUGGAAGAAAAAAGACGUGAAGAGUUAAGAAGGCAACGUGAACUUAAACAGAGGAGACUAUUUGCUGAUCAUGGUGAUGUCCACACUACUCAACAUGAUAAGAUCAAGAGGGAGAAGGAACUACGCAAAAUGAGGGAAGAGGAAGAAAGACAGGAAGAGGAACAAAGAGAGAGAGCGGAAACAGAGCGCAGAGAAUAUGAAGAACGGGAACGGGAAAUGAACGCCCAGGCAGAACGUGAAGCAGAAGAACGUAGAAUGAGGGAAGAAAGGGAGAGGAUGAAACGUGAAGCAGAGGAAAGAAAACAACGAGAAAGAGAGAAACAAGAACGGGAAGAGAGGGAGAGAAAAAUGAGGGAGAAACGAGAAAAGGAAGAAAGAGAAAGACGAGAACGUGAGAGACAAGAACAGGAAAGGCGUGCUGCUGAGGAAAGAAGACGAUUUGAGGAUGAUGUAUCGAUACAGGCAGAAAGAAAGAAGAAGGAUGAAAUUUUGCAGAAAUUACGAGAAAUUGAUGAAGGAGGCCAGAAGAAUGAUAAAAAGAAAGAUCCUUUCAAAAGUGACCCCUUCUUUGUAACUCAAAAUAAGGAAGAUAGCCAAGAUUCAAUGGCAAGCAGUAAAAAGAGUUACACUUUCUCAAAACCAAUAGAAAAUUUACAUAAUGGCAAACCAUCGCGAAAGGAUGGCAAUUCAAAUUUAAGUUUCGGUGUGAAUAAAAGUCAAAGUACAGGAGUGGGUCGUAGAAGGGAUGUUGACAGUGUAGAAACUGGGGGUUAUAAUCCAACAUUUGGCUCUAAGCGUAGUGGAGCUAACUCAACUGCAGCAACGAAAACAUUUUCAUUAUUUGAUGAUGAUGAUGACUUGAAAACGUCUAGCACUGCACCUAAACCUGCACAGAAAUCUAAAUUAAUGGAUGAAUUAUUUGGUUCUAAAGACAAUGAUGGUCCCAAACACAAUGAUUUGUUUUCAAGUAAUAAACCACCUGCAAAGAAAACAAAUCAGUCACGUAGCACAUUACCGUGGGAAGAUGAUGGAUUCGGAAAUCGUAAGCAAUCUGGUUCAACAUUAAAAACGAAGCGUGAAAAUUCUGCUACACUGUUCGGAGGCGGUAGUGCAUUCGUUAAUGACGAGGAUUUACGUAAGUCUCAGAUCAAUUCAAAUACAUCUGUACCAAGAAGGCAAAAACAAACUACAACAUUUCACACACGACCAACUGUAAAUGCUAUAGACAAUUUUGAUGAUGAUAUUGAGGAAGUGAUUUUGUAACAGUGUCUCUGAUUGGCUGAAAAAAGUUUGAUUUGUGGAAUUUUAACAAAUGUUUGUGAAUUUUACAAAGUGUCUGUGAUAUGUUAUAUGGUUAAAUGUAUAUUAAUCAUAAGAUUGUAUUGUUGAUAUUGUUAAUAUUUAUUGGUAUAAAUUAUUUAUAAAACAUUUUAAGUGCUUUUUAGUUGAAUAGUGGAUUUAACAUGCAGCCUUGCAAUAGCUAAAGUCAGUAGUUUUUUUAUUGUUUUAUGUUCAAAUGUAAAAAAAACUAUGUUUUACUGCAUUUCAUGUUGGACAAUGAACAAAAUUUUUAGGUUGUUUAUUUUUGAUUAGUUUCCUCUCUUUACCGAAGUUAUAUAUGUAUACAACUACUCUGUCCAGAUCAUCACUUCUUACCAUAUUUAUGUCAAAAUUGUUUGUUUUCAGUAUUCACAAAAAUCAUAUUAUUUACAUAUAGAUGGACAAAGUUAAUUAGUUAGGUGUUAAUCACUGUUGUCUUAAAAAUGUUUUGGUUGCUAAUUUUAGUUCUGUGCCAUGUAAGAAUCUAGUGAGCACACUUUAUAUAUCUUAUUUUAUAGACAGCCUACAGCAGACAUAUCUGUAUAUUUCUCUAGGUCUUUCCAGAACCUUUUCAGUUUAUUCAGAGUGGAAGUAAAUUAAUCACUUUAUGCAGAGUUUGGCUUAAAUUGAAUGAUGGGGAGUGUAACAUUUUCUGUGUUUGUCAAUAAAUUGAUAUUUCUAAUAAAAAUGCAAAACCCCACAAAACUUCACAAUGUGAUUUAUGUUGAUAAAGGUACUAAUUGGAGGAGAAGAGUU